UGCUCGUCACUUUGUGUUGACUGUUGAUUUGUGUUUAAGUUUGAUAAAAAAUAACCAACAAUAUAUUUUUAUUUUUUCUUUGACAUCAGCAGCUUGUGAUUACAGAUGUUCAGCAUGAAAAUUAAAAAACACAACUAACCUGUUUGAUUACAAUCUUGAUCCAGAAUGUUCACUAGAGAUCCACGAAAUUGUAGAGAAAACCUAUUCAUUAAUUUCAUUUGAGAAGUAUCCAAACUGAAAAAUGGGAAGAAUUCGUUGGACCAGAACAUCUAGGAUAGUUGCUUUAUGCAGUUUUGCAAAUUUCAUCAACAGUGCUGAUAGAGUAAUAAUGCCCAUAGCAAUUGUACCUAUGACUGAUAUUUUCAACUGGACCUUGCACUCUCAGGGAUGGAUACUUUCAGCCUUUGCUUUCGGAUAUUUUACUAGUCAAAUAUUAGGUAGUUUUUGGGCCACUAAAUUGGGAGCAAAAAAUGUUUUGAUUUGCAGUGUAUUACUCUGGAGUAUUGCAACUUUCAUAACUCCACUUUUAGCUGCUAGUAUCACUUCACUUGUGAUAUGCAGAAUUGUUUUAGGAUUUGCAGAAGGACUAG